AUGGCGCCCUCAAACCCUCUCGCCAACUGGGAGAAGGUUGGCGACAGCUUCUACCGCAGAAUUCCCGUGUAUGACGCUGUCUUUGAUGAAGACGUUGAACUAGAGAACUACAUUGUCGCGGGUGCCCCUUACGGUGGAGCCAUAGCGCUUUAUCGUGAUGAGAGCAAACCAUUUCAGUUGCGGGACAGCCAGGCCUCCCGGUCCGGUAUCGACAUUUAUUCCUGCUCAGGAAAGCAGAUCAACCGCAUUAAUUGGGAGCAAGCUACUAUUCGUGGGCUCGGCUGGUCCGACAAAGAGGAGCUUCUCGUCGUGUCAGAAGAUGGCACUGUCCGCCGUUACUUCGGCCUAGACGGCGAAUUUACCUCGUUCUCCUUGGGAAAUGGUGCAGAAGAAUACGGGGUGAGAGCCUGCCAAUUUUGGGCCUCGGGUCUUGUGGCUCUGCUAUCUAAUAAUCAGUUGAUUGCUGUUUCCAAGUAUGACGAGCCACGACCGAGGCUGCUAGCACCUUGUCCCGAGGGUGAGGUGUCAUCCUGGUCAUUGAUUCCUCCAGCACAUACACUUUCACGCUCUGUGGAAGUUCUGCUCGCAGUGGAUAAGACUAUUUAUCUGGUCGAUUCUACUGAAGCGGAGGACAAGAUCUUGCAAGAUGGCCCAUUCAAACACGUCAGUGUGUCGCCUACUGGUCGCUUUGUGGCACUGUUCACUGGAGAAGGAAAGUUAUGGGUUGUCAGCAACGACUUCCAGAACAAACUCAGCGAAUAUGACUCAAAGUCUCGUGUGGCGCCCAGUAGCGUGAGCUGGUGCGGCGAUGAUGCGGUUGUUCUUGCGUGGGAGGAUGAGAUCCAUCUUGUCGGUCCUAACGGCGCGGCAUCAAAGUAUUACUAUGAUGGUCGAGUUCAUAUCAUCCCUGAAUUUGACGGUGUUCGCCUCCUCACCAAUGACACUUGCGAGUUCUUGCACAAGGUUACAGGCGUAACGGAAGAGAUUUUCCGGUUGGGUUCUUCAUCACCUGCCUCGGUGCUUCUUGAUUCUGUUGAGCAACUGGAAAAGAAGUCACCCAAAGCCGACGAGAACAUCCAGCGCAUUCGGUCUAGCCUCCCUGGCGCAGUUGAUGCCUGCAUCAAAGCUGCAGGUCAAGAAUUCGACGCUUACUGGCAGAAGCGGCUCUUGAAGGCGGCGUCGUUUGGAAAAUCAGUUCUUGAGCUGUACAACAGCGAUGAAUUCGUUGAGAUGACUGAGAAACUCAGAGUUCUCACAGCCGCCAGAGACUACCAGAUCGGUCUGCCAAUAUCAUAUGAGCAAUACCUCCGACUUACCCCCGAAGGACUCAUCGAACGACUCAUCAGCCGACACCAAUAUCUUCUCGCCAUCCGGGUUUCCGAGUAUCUUCAAAUCCCCGCAGACCGAAUCUAUGUUCAUUGGGCUAGCCAGAAGGUCCGAGUUUCAACAGUCGAUGAUGAUGCCGUGUGCAGAUUGAUUGUUCAAAGGCUGGAAGGCAAGCCGGGAAUUUCCUUCGAAGUCAUUGCACAGACAGCCUAUGAUGAAGGUCGAUCACAUUUGGCUACACAAUUACUGAACCAUGAGCCUCGGGCAGGGAAACAAGUUCCUCUGCUGUUGAAUAUGGAGGAGGAUGAACUUGCUCUCGACAAAGCGAUUGAAAGUGGUGACGACGACCUGGUCAAUUAUGUUCUACUCCAUCUCAAGAGCAAGCUUCCUCUCGCAAGCUUCUUUAGAAUGAUCAACGUCCGCCCUAUGGCGUCGGCGUUGGUCGAGACCGCAGCUCGGGGAGAGGACACAGAACUACUGAAGGAUCUGUACUACCAAGACGACCGACCGAUGGAAGGAUCCAAUGUCUUGUUAUCAGAAGCUCUAGGAGAGACUGACCCUCAACGGAAGACCGAGAAACUUCACUUGGCAUCGCGGCUACUGUCAGACUCCAAGGAUCCGAACGUGAUGCUGCAGCAGAAACUAGUCUCUGAGGCUUCCCAGCUUCUCAAAGCUCAAGAGUCACUGGAUAAAGAUCUCGCAGAUCACAGUGAGUAUUUCGGUCUCAGCUUGAACGAGACUAUCUACAGACUAGUCCGAGCUGGCUACGGGAAAAGAGCACAGAAGCUACAAAGUGAGUUUAAGAUGCCUGAAAAGGCAUUUUGGUGGUUAAGACUCCGCGCGUUGGUAGCUAAGCGCGACUGGGGGGAGCUGGAGGAGAUUGGCAAAGUCAAGAAAUCUCCGAUCGGGUGGGAGCCUUUCUAUAACGAAAUCCUUGGGGCUGGAAACACCAAGCUGGCCUCGAUCUUCGUCCCGAAGUGCACACAUCUUCCAGUCGCCGACCGGAUAGAAAUGUGGGUCAAGUGUGGAAUGAUUGUCAAGGCGGGAGAAGAGGCGCACAAGGCCAAGGACCUGAACACCCUCGAACUCCUCCGGUCUAAAGCGUCCGGCGCUGCAAGUACUGAAAUCGAGCGCAUGAUCAACCAGCUCAGGCCGAAGAAAUAG